GAGGGAGGGAGGGAGAUGGAGUGCCUGAUUGCUGUGGAAAGGGUGAGUGUUGGUAGUGGUGAUGAUCUGAAGUGGAAAAUUUCAUGGUUGUGAGGUGUUUUAGAGGAGACGAGGUUGUGAGUGUUGUUGGGAUUCGGCAACGGCAGUGUGAAGUGGCGGUGUUGAAGUUGUAGAGGUCUGGAGGUGUGAAUUCUCUACCUUGACGCAGUAGACUUCUUCACUCUCUAGCUGGAACGGUCCGAGUGGUGAGCGAUUUGGUGCAGUGGCGGAGUCGGAUCACCUUUGCAAGCUACCGUUAUGGGCUGUCUUCACUCCAAGCACCAUAAACUGCCUCCGGGUUACGAAAAUCCUCAAAUUCUCGCUAGCGAAACUGCUUUUAAUGUGAGCGAAGUAGAGGCGUUGUAAGAACUCUUCAAGAAAAUAAGCAGUUCAGUCACUGACGACGGUCUUAUUCACAAGUUUUUAGUUCCGAAACUCCUCUUCCAAACCCACGCUCUACUUGGCUUUGAUUUGAUGGUUGUAUCCCUCUGUCGCAAUCCUCGUCGUCGAGAUUGGACAACCGCAACAUGAAGCCACUGGAACAGAAUUAGGAAUUCAGAAACUUUGAUGCUCAUUCAGUGAACUGCUUCUAAAGGAAAAUAUAUUAUGAUCAAGAGUGUGGAAUGUCAGCUUGCACUCUUCAAAAACCGCAAGAAAGAGAAUCUUUUUGCUGACAGGGUUUUUGAUUUGUUCGACUUGAAGCAAAACGGAGUAAUUGAAUUUGGUGAAUUCGUACGCUCUCUCAGUGUUUUUCAUCCCAAUGCAUCUCUUGAAGAGAAAAUCAAUUUUUCUUUUCAACUCUACGAUUUGCGGAAAACGGGCUACAUUGAGCGUGACGAGGUGAAGGAAAUGGUGAUAGCACUGCUGUCGGAGUCCGAUAUGAAAUUAUCUGACGAUAUAAUCGAGACCAUUCUGGACAAAAUUUUUAAGGAGGCUGAAACUAAGCAGGAUGAACGGAUCGAUAAGGGCGAGUGGAACAGCCUUGUUGUGCGACAUCCCUCUCUUAUGAAAAAUAUGACGCUGCCUUAUCUUAGGGACAUCACCACCACUUUCCCAAGCUUUGUAUUCCACUCAGAAGUGGAGGACGCAAGUUCAUAAUAUUGUUGUAUUUGGGAAUUUAAGAUGGAGAAAGUCAGCAGUGGAUCGUCUUUGGAUCUUUAAGCUUGAAAUGCUAGUUCAUAGAGCAGACUUGACCACCGCUAAUAGAGCGUUGGCUAAUCUGAUUAUACAGUUGGAUUCUGAUGGUGAGGGCUUUCAGAGCAUUUUUCUUUCAAGGCUCUCAGAUCUCACAAGUGGAAAUAAUAAAUUAUCAGGUGUAAUCUUAGUGAGAUCCUUGUUUAAAAGAUCAAUAUCAAGUAACUCGGAAACGCUUAAGACAUUGUACAGGUAGUGAGAAUUACUUGUAUCGGACAAUUUAUGAAGGUUUGUAACAUAGAUCAAACAUUCAAUGUUUUAUUCAUGCUUAGAAAUCGAUGACAUUACUGUUGCACCAUAAUUGCAUUUUACAACAAAGUAUUUUUUCC